AUGGCAUUGAAAAUUGCAUCGAGUGACAUCGAAAUUCUACGCUAUGAAGAUCGUUACAGACACCAGUCGAUGGAGGUAUUGCGUAAAUCGUUCUUCCUGCACGAGUCCGUAUGCAUCGGUUCGGAAGUGAACACUACUCCCCAAGCACAGCGUGACCUUGAGCUGCUCUGUGCGGAAGUUGCAUACCGUGGAGUAACGAUGAUCGCGCGACACACUCCCACCGACACGAUUCUGGGUGUAGCCUUCAAUGUACUGCAGACUAAGAACCAACGAGAGGACAUCGGCUACUUUGAACAGUUCCGUGACAGCAAAUGCACUACGGACAGUUCGCGCUCGGUGCUCAAUUACAUGAUCGCGAUGGAUGCAAAGGUGAACCUGUUCGAGAUGUACAAUGUGAACUGUGUGCUGGACAUCAUGUACCUUUCAACGCUCCCGAACUAUGCAGGAUACGGCAUUGCUACCAGACUGGUGGAAGAAUCGAUUCAGUUGGCAAAAGACUUGAAAACUGGAAAAACCGUACCGAAGCCCGAACUGGUAUCAGCACUGUUCUCGUCGAGAAUUUCGCAACGAGUAGGAGAAAAGAUUGGUUUCCAAUUUAUUAAGGAAGUGCCUCAUUCUGAAUUUAUCUUUCGUGGUAAAACAUUUGCUGAUAGGGUUGGGUCAGAACAUCCAUCGUCUCAAAUAGCAGUUAAGCUGAUUUAA